GGAUAAAGAUGAUUUUAAUUAAAUCACGCAAAUCCCUUUGUACUGCAACCAAACCCUACUCAGGCUGACUGACUCUGAGCCGUUCUGGCGUGUGUAGAGUUAACCAGGUUACCGGGAUUCCUAGUUAACUUCUUUCACCAGGAAUGCAAUUCAUGUUUACCUAUAUAAGGAAACCUGUUAGGCUGACCUGAGUUUGGCGGAUUUUUGCGCUGACUGGGAGGCGUCUAAGCACACAGCCUCAAGAGGGGGAGUGAUUCCGAGCUGGACAGAGCAAGCUUCCUGAACGCCCCAGCCAUUCAGCUGCUCCGAGGCAGCCUGCUUGGAGGACCUACAGGUUUGCCUCUUCCAGAUCUCAGUUGAGGAACAAAAACUCGGUCCUGGGAAAAAUGGGGAAGCCGAUAGCUGAUCAGCUUCCUUGGAUUUUGCUGAUGACCCAGGAGAGCUUUGCCUGAAGAUGGAAACACUGGAGUCGGAGCUGACCUGCCCUAUCUGUCUGGAGCUCUUUGAGGACCCUCUCCUGCUACCCUGUGCACACAGCCUCUGCUUCAACUGCGCCCACCGCAUCCUGGUGUCACACUGCACCACCAACGAGUCCGUGGAGUCCAUCACCGCCUUCCAGUGCCCCACCUGCCGACAUGUCAUCACGCUCAGCCAGCGAGGUCUAGACGGGCUCAAGCGCAACGUCACCCUGCAGAACAUCAUCGACAGGUUCCAGAAAGCAUCAGUGAGCGGGCCCAAUUCCCCCAGCGAGACCCGCCGGGAGCGGGCAUUCGACGCCAGCACCAUGACCUCUGCCGAGAAAGUCCUCUGCCAGUUCUGUGACCAGGAUCCUGCCCAGGACGCUGUGAAGACUUGUGUCACUUGUGAAGUGUCCUACUGUGACGAGUGCCUGAAAGCCACUCACCCGAACAAGAAGCCCUUUACAGGCCAUCGUCUGAUUGAGCCAAUUCCGGACUCGCACAUCCGGGGGCUGAUGUGCCUGGAGCAUGAGGAUGAGAAGGUGAAUAUGUACUGUGUGACCGAUGACCAGUUAAUCUGUGCCUUGUGUAAACUGGUUGGGCGGCACCGAGAUCAUCAGGUGGCAGCUUUGAGUGAGCGCUAUGACAAAUUGAAGCAAAACUUAGAGAGUAACCUCACCAACCUUAUUAAGAGGAACACCGAACUGGAGACUCUUUUGGCUAAACUUAUCCAAACCUGUCAACACGUGGAGGUCAAUGCAUCACGUCAAGAAGCCAAACUGAUGGAGGAGUGUGAUCUUCUCAUUGAGAUCAUUCAGCAAAGACGACAAAUUAUUGGAACCAAGAUCAAAGAAGGGAAGGUGAUGAGGCUUCGCAAACUGGCUCAACAAAUUGCAAACUGCAAACAGUGCAUUGAGCGGUCGGCAUCACUCAUCUCCCAAGCGGAACACUCUCUGAAGGAGAAUGAUCAUGCGCGUUUCCUUCAGACUGCUAAGAACAUCACUGAGAGGGUCUCCAUGGCCACUGCGUCAUCCCAGGUCCUAAUUCCUGAAAUCAACCUCAACGACACAUUUGAUACCUUUGCCUUAGAUUUUUCCCGAGAGAAGAAAUUGCUGGAAUGUCUGGAUUACCUUACAGCUCCCAACCCUCCCACAAUUCGAGAAGAGCUCUGCACAGCUUCCUACGACACCAUCACCGUUCACUGGAGCUCUGAUGAUGAAUUCAGCGUGGUUUCCUACGAGCUCCAGUACACCAUAUUCACCGGACAAGCCAAUGUCGUCAGUCUGUGUAACUCAGCGGACAGCUGGAUGAUUGUGCCCAACAUCAAGCAGAACCACUACACAGUCCACGGUCUGCAGAGCGGCACCAAGUACAUCUUCGUCGUCAAGGCCAUCAACCAGGCGGGCAGCCGCAGCAGUGAGCCUGGCAAGUUGAAGACAAACAGCCAACCAUUUAAACUGGACCCUAAAUCUGCACAUCGGAAGCUAAAGGUGUCCCACGAUAACUUGACAGUAGAACGUGAUGAGUCAUCGUCCAAAAAGAGUCACACUCCUGAACGCUUCACCAGCCAAGGGAGCUAUGGUGUAGCUGGAAAUGUGUUCAUUGAUAGUGGCCGGCAUUACUGGGAAGUGGUCAUAAGUGGAAGCACAUGGUAUGCCAUUGGCCUCGCUUACAAAUCUGCCCCGAAGCACGAGUGGAUUGGGAAGAACUCUGCUUCUUGGGCGCUGUGCCGCUGCCACAAUAACUGGGUGGUGAGACACAACAGCAAGGAAAUCCCCAUCGAGCCAGCACCCCACCUCCGGCGCGUGGGCAUCCUGCUGGACUAUGAUAACGGCUCCAUCGCUUUCUACGAUGCUUUGAACUCCAUCCACCUCUACACCUUUGACAUCACAUUCUCGCAGCCUGUGUGCCCCACCUUCACUGUGUGGAACAAAUGUUUGACCAUUAUAACUGGCCUUCCGAUCCCAGACCAUCUGGACUGCACAGAGCAGCUGCCCUGAGCCCCCUGGCCGCGUGGAGCUGCUUUCUGGGGAAUAAAAAGGGUUGUAGCCCCCAAAAGCACAGGCUUCCAGAGUGUGAUUAAAUCUCACCAAAAAAGUGUCCAGAAAUUGGCUAAGAUAGGACUCAGCAGGCGAUUCCUCCCCUUUUACUGUGUUUUGUAUUAAGUACAGGCUUUAAUAAUUUCUUCAAAAAUUUUUUUUGUAUUUACAGGAAAAUUUAUAGAUUAUUUAUAAAAGAAACAUACCCAGGAUUACAACUCUUAGGAAUUAUUUAGUUUUGCACAUUAAGAGGCCCAUGACUUCACCAGCUCUUUUCAACCUUUAUCUCAUCACAGUCUGUGGGCUUGAGAAAACUUUUAUAGUUUUAUAUUCACCCUCUUACACUAUAAUAAAUACUUCAUACUGAUCCCGUCUUAAGUCCUGUCACCUCGACACUGCAGGCAGAAUCUACAACUAUUUUUGAACCUAGUAGGGAAGUGAACGGGCUUUCUUACUCUGAUUUAUUCUGAAGUGUUUUAACUGUGGUGUCCAAAACUUGCGUUGGAUCUACUACAACAGAGAGCAAAAGAGAGAAUGAAAGAAUUGACUUUGGGUCAUGGAAUCUGCCAUGGCUAACCCUUUAAUUACCCUCUGAUGGCUUGUGGGUGAUGUUGGAAAGCAAGGUUCUAAGUCCUUUUGACCAGAAUGCCCGGCUUUUCCCAGGAUUAAGGAUUCUGGGAGAACAUUAAGAAUGGCACUGCAAUUGGAAAUAGUUACUUUGAGUCCUACUGACUAUAAGGAAAUUCAGGCUGAGUUCUGUUUUUUGAGAGGUAGGAUUCUGUUUUGUGAUCUAAAUCUAUUUCAUUCUUCCUUUUCAUAGUUUCUUUCUUUCUUUCUACAUUUAAAAGCUUUCCUGUUGCCCCCUCCCCCAAGUCACUUUUCUUUCGUAGCUGGGGCUGAGGGAAUAGUUUCUGUCCCAAACGGCAGCACCGUUUGCACGAUUUUGUUCUCCAGGACAUGGACACAUAGCCCCGACUGCCACCACCACGUCCAAAUAUAAGUCACCGAAAAACAAUAUUUAUGCAUUGGUAAUGACAAGGGACAUUGCAUAAGGAAUUAUUCACUAGUGUAUGUGCCUCAAAAGUUAUUAUAAAGAGCACAUCUUGAAAAAUGUAGAAGUUCCUCUGUAUUCUAGUAUAGUUUAACGUAGUUAUAAGACAAAAAAAAAAAAAAAAAAAAACACGAAAAACACACAAAAAAUGAAACAUUAAUCCCACAUGAGAACCUGCUAAUAAUUAGAACCUGCUAAUCAAAUGUCCGAUGGGCUUCUUGGCGUGCUGAUCCGACACAUUGGAGCCGUCCUCGAACUCGGGUUUUCCUAGGCAGCCCUUAGACCUACACCAGGGAAGUGGCAUUGGUUCUGCCUGGACGAAGGGCAUGACAUCUGUAAACUAUUUCAUUUGCCAAAAUGUUUAUCUGGGCUACUGGCUGGCCAUUGUGACUGAACGGAUGGCUGGACUUUAGGCAUUGUUUUUAGUGAUUUUAGCCAAAUCAGCCAGUUGUUUCUCUGAAAUCUGUCCAUAGAGCCGCCGUUCCAGAUGUCAUGGGCGGCUGCCCAGGCGCUUCUGUCCUCGUCUUCGGCAGAUGCUCACCUUUUUCGUAACAGAGUCUAUAUAUUUACUAUAUUAUUUAUACCUAGAUCAAUAUUUUGAUAGCUACUUAGGACAAUUUCACAUCUAAAAGAUGGACACCUCAAUGGGAAAAAAUUAAUCAUUCUCUGGAAACGUACUGGGAUUUUUUUUUUUUUUACAAGUAAAAACAAUGUUUGUUUGCCUUCUUUGAAUAAACUGAAAGGGUUGUGUCAGUAAUUUUUACAUACCGUUUUUGGUAGCUGGAUAAUGGAUAUUUUAAUGCACUUUGUACACUAACAGGUUUUAAAUAAAGGGUCUAAAACUCAGCUUCUGAGUUUUUAAAAUCAUGGUCUCCAGGUACCCAUAAAUGUUGCAGUUUGCCUUAUGAUGUAAAUGUAAAGCAUUUAAGAAGACACUAUUUCCAUGAAUAUAAUGUUUUUCAAUAUAAAGGAAUUACUACUCAGAUUUUCACUGCAAGCCAUUUGGUUAUGUUUUAGAUAUUUUUAUAAGGAUGAAAGGGACUAUGUUACCAUUUUGUUGUGGAAGUCUGUUUGCUAAGUUAAAAACAUUGUGCAUAGUUGCAGUUGCUAUUUCCAUGUUGUCGUAUUUACAGGCAAGUAUGUAUAUGGUGAAAGGCCACAGUGUUUGCUUUCAUGACUGUAAUGAUUUAGAAAAGAUUUCCAUGUGGAUUUUUUUGAAAGUCUAAAAAAUAUAUGCUAUAAACAUUUGCUGCAGUAUAAGAAGUUGUUAAAUGGAUUGGGCUUGCGGUAUUUUGUUUCUGAGGUCUUUGAUUCACAGGAAACAUUUCCAUACAGGGGAGAAAGAGGGCAGUGGCGAUUCGUACCACAAACACCGACACAGCGCCAACCAAGGCCACCAGGUCCAGUGUCGUGGGUCUAGAUAUCGAACGGUGCUGUCGCUGUCUUGAAAUUCUUAGUAAUUCUUGAACAAGGGGCCUGCCUUUUUUCAUUUGGUACCGGGCCUCAGAAAUUAUGCAGCCAGUCCUCAGACUCAGAAACAUGGUACCUCUCUUCUUGGUGGAGAUAAAUGAAGAAACCUGGGUCCAGUGUCAGAAGUGGCUGGCCAGACCAUUCAAGUAGGACUCUAAAUGGAUUAAGAUGGGAGUGGGCCUGGGUGAAGAUGUUCUUUCCAGCUUUGAAAGAAAAUGACCUCAAAAACUGACCAUGAAUAUUGAUGGUGAUUUCUGCUGGAGAAGAGGAAGAGGCUGAAGACAAACAGGCGCCUUACUAUGGUACUGACAGCACUGAUGCUGAGCUCCCCGAGGACGCGAGCCACUCUCCUCCAGUGAGUGCGUAAUUCGUCUUGGCCCCAGGCACGUUGCAGUGCCUGCAGAGACUCACGCCCGUGUGCUUUGGCUGUUGGGACGUUGGUCUGAUCUACCCUUACAGAAUGUUAAAAAGGAUACAAAGACGAUGAUGGCGGUGAGAGGAUGUUUUCAAAAUGGUGCUUCUCGACAAGGGGGCGGUCUGGCCGUGUCUGGAGUUAUUUUUGGCUGUCCCCGCUUGGGAGAAAGUGCUGCUGGCAUCCAGCGGGCAGAGCCCGGGGAGCCUGCACCCCGUCCUGCAGUGCACAGCCCCUCACGGCGGAGAAUGAUCCGGCCCAAAGUAUCAGUAGUGCCUCAGCUGAGAAACUCUUGUUCUUUGGGUUUAUUU